GGAAAAAGUGGUUUAUCUAUUUUCCAUUGGAGGAGAGCAAGAUAGAUUGUAGCAGAUCCCGUUAUCAUGUAUACACUAGGAGUACGUGACUCGUUCAUGAUUGCACAUUCUUUCCAAGGUGAAGCUUUUGGACCAGCUCAAGGUCUCCACGGUGCAACGUAUACAGUAGACUGUGAAUUUCGGUCCACAAACCUGCAACCUCAGUUGAAUUGGGUGAUAGAUAUCGGUGAAGCAACACAAAUUCUCAAGGAUGUAUUGUCAUUGUAUAAUUAUAGAAAUCUUGACCAACUAGAAGAGUUUCAAGGACAAAAUACUACUACCGAGUAUUUAGCAAGGGUGAUACAUGAUAAAGUACUUUCGAAAGCAAAGAUGUUGGGAUUUCAAGGUAUUUUGAAAGUAAGUCUUAUGGAAAGCUUUCGUGCCUGGGCUAGUUACGAAAGUGACUAAAAAAAUACUGUUGGAUAUAUAAAAUCAAUUUUACUUUG